UUGCUAUUCUAAGGAAUUAUAGUUUUAAAAAUACUAUGGGUUCCAGAAUUGUUUCUUUCACCUUUGUGUUGUUAUGUCUGCAAGCAACAUACGGUUUCUAUCUACCUGGACUGGUGCCGCAUAGUUACUGUCCAAAGGAGACAACUGAGUGUAAGAACAAAAUUUACAUGUACGUGAACAGAUUGACGUCAGCAGAAAGUGUUAUACCGUACGACUACAGCUCGUUUGAUUUUUGUGAAGCACCAGAGGGUACUGGGCAAAAAGGCAUCUCAGAGAAUCUGGGACAAGUCCUUUUCGGUGAGAGGAUUCACACCUCACCAUACCAGUUCAGUUUUGAUAAGAAUGAAACUUGUGUGAAAGUUUGCACAAAAUCUUACAAAAUGAGUAACACUGAAGACAAGAAGAAGGUGGAAUUCCUGAAAUAUGGAAUGCUAUUCAGCUAUGAGAACCAUUGGAUUGUGGACAACAUGCCAGUAGCCUGGUGCUACAAGACAAGUGUAGGACAGCAAUACUGCAGCACAGGAUUCCCGAUUGGAUGUUUUGUGGACAAGCAAGGCCGCCAGAAAGAUGCUUGCCAGAUGGACCCUAAAACUUUCAUCGAUCCGCAGACGUUCUAUGUAUUCAACCAUGUUGACAUAAAGAUCAGAUAUCACAGCGGGAAAGCAAAGGACUGGGUCGGGGCCAGACUGGUUCGAGUGACCGUGGAUCCUAGAAGUUACAAAGACGAUAAAUGCUCUGGUGCACCUUUAGGAAUUCUGAAGGAUAAUAAAGAUGAUGUGACGAUUCCUUACACUUACAGCGUAUAUUUUAUUCCAGAUGAUAAAAUUGAAUGGGCGUCAAGAUGGGAUUAUGUGUUGGACAGUUUACCAAAUACAAAUAUUCAAUGGUUCUCUAUCAUGAAUUCCUUGGUUAUCGUGUUGUUUUUGUCCGGUAUGGUCGCAAUGAUUAUGAUUCGAUCGCUUCAUAAAGAUAUCGCGAGAUACAACCAAACAGAAUCUCAGGAUGAAGCCCAAGAGGAAUUUGGUUGGAAACUUGUUCACGGCGACGUCUUCCGAUCUCCGAAGAAACCAAUGUUAUUGGCUGUUCUUAAUGGAGUUGGGAUACAGAUUUACGUGAUGGUGUUUGUAACCUUGAUAUUCGCUUGUUUGGGAUUCCUAUCUCCGGCAAAUCGUGGGGCACUCGGUACGACAUCCGUUGUAUUGUUUGUUUGCCUUGGAAUUCUGUCAGGUUACGCUUCAGCAAGAUUUUAUAAAACAUUUGGAGGCGAGCGAUGGAAAACCAAUGUCAUGAUGACGUCCUUCUUAGUCUCUGGAACAAUUUUUCUCGUCUUUUUCUUCAUGAAUCUGAUUCUAUGGGGAGCUGGAAGUUCAGCAGCAAUCCCAUUCUUUACUCUCGUAGCCGUACUUGCUCUGUGGUUUGGAAUCUCUGUUCCUCUGACAUUCAUUGGAGCAUACUUUGGAUAUAAGAAAAGGCCAAUUGAGCAUCCAGUCCGCACCAAUCAAAUCCCGAGACAGAUCCCCCCUCAGCUGAUCUACACGCAACCACUAUCUUGUAUCGUGAUGGGUGGAAUCCUUCCGUUCGGUUGCAUCUUCAUCCAACUAUUUUUCAUCCUUCAUUCCAUCUGGUCACAUCAGCUUUACUACAUGUUUGGCUUCCUAUUCCUUGUUGCCAUAAUCCUGGUCAUCACCUGUAGUGAGACAGCUGUACUGUUGUGCUAUUUCCAUUUGGCUUCUGAGGAUUAUCGUUGGUGGUGGCGUUCGUUCCUGACGUCAGGAUUUACAGCAGUUUAUUUCUUCUUGUAUGCAAUGCAUUUCUACGUUACUAAGUUAGCGAUCGAAGGAGUCACGUCAGCUAUUCUUUAUUUCGGCUACACAUUGAUUAUGACGAUCAUGAUUUUCCUUUUCUGCGGUACCAUCGGAUUCAUAGCUUGCUUCUGGUUUGUGAGUAAGAUUUACAGCGUCGUCAAAGUUGACUGAUAAUUUUCAACAGGGGAGGACUAAAAAAAUGUGACUUUUCAAACACCGACAAAAACAAAGAAAAUAGCUAUAUAUAUAAUACAGACACACUGGAAAAACACUUUUACUAUUGAAGGGGCAUUCCCAUAUUGUGAUGCUUUUAUUUUUGCUUUGUAGUUUUUUAUUGGUGCCACAAGAAUCAAAGUUAUGAGGGGGGAGGGGGGGAAACUGUUUUAAAAUUGUUGUACUUAGUCCAAUUGUGAUUUUUUUUUUAUGGGAAAUCAAUUUAUGCCUUAGUCUGAAGAAUAUACAGUGUGGUCGCUAGAAAAACAGAAAAUUUG